CUCUCGACUCGUUAAAUUCGUGGAAGUUCUUUCGCUAAAGUUUUUGUUUCGCUUCCAAUUUCCGAUCUAAAGGUUUGAAAUUUGAGCUCUCGAUUUUGAAAGUUUUGGUUUUGGGAUCGAUUUGAUGGCUGAAUCUAGCGUUCAACCUGAUCAGAUGAACAAAGAGACGGAGCGAACCUCGAAGAUGACGAAGCAGGCCAAGCUCAAGUACCUGGACUUCGUCCACGUGGCGGCGAUCCAGGCUCUUGUCUGCGUGUCGAGGCUCUACGAUUGGGCCAAGGAGAACUCCGGCCCACUGAAGCCCGGAGUCCAGACGGUGGAGGGCACUGUCAAGACUGUUGUGGGCCCGGUCUACGAGAAGUUUCGUGAUCUCCCAUUCGAGAUCCUCAAGUUCGUGGACACCAAGCCGCUCCUCCAAGGCCGAACCCCACUUGCCAAGGGACCCUCUACACACAGUACGAGCGCCGAGCGCUACGCAGUCUCAGCCUGGAAGUCCCUGAACAAGCUCCCCGUGUUUCCUCAGGUUGCGCAGGUGGUGCUCCCCACGGCAGCACACUGGACCGAGAAGUACAAUGGGGCUGUGAGGUCCUCGGCGGAGAAGGGGUAUGCCUUUGCGGGGUACUUGCCGGUGGUGCCGGUGGAGAGGAUUGCUAAGGUUUUUGAGGGGAAUGAGAAGGCUGAGUAGUGUUUGUUAGUGGCGUAGUCUUUAUGUUUUUGAGCGGGGGUGUCGUGUGUCAAGAAUUGCUUUGGUGGGUUUGGGGCUAGGUGUGGUGCGUGCCGCGUGCCGCUGUCCAUUUCUAGUUUCUGAAUUUGCUGCUAGCAAAGGUAUUGUGAAUAUGCCGUGUAAAACCCUCAAAAAAGUGGUAUGCUUUUCUAAGUGUCUUUCCUUCUUUGUUGUUGCUGUUUUCACAAUCGGUAUGAUUUUAAUUGCAAUUGGAGGUAAACUAA